GAAAGUGAAGAGGAAGUGUCUUGUAGCAGUGAUCUCUGUUAACGUCACCCUCUGAUCUCUCACAUGGAUGUAUAUCUCGUUCUCUUCGUGAUUCUGUGUGAUUUCAUCGUCUUUGCUGAAUCGGACAGAUGUAAUUGCUUGCUUUCAUCAGAUUGCCAACUUUCACAACACACAUGGGCGUUUCUAUGUUACAAUGGAUGCAAACCAGGCUGGGGAGGAUUUUCUUGUGAUCGCUCUGUAAAAACAACGACAACAGCAGCACCUUGCCACUGCGCAGACAGUUUUGACUGCAGAUAUUCUAUGUGUUUCUCUUGUCAAACGGGAUGGUACGGUUACCGAUGCGAUAAGAAGAAACACACCACAUAUAGAUACAGCUACGAAAGUUCAGAUUCUACGGAAAAGUGGCAGAUAAUCGGUUGUGGUGUAGGCAUUUCGGUUUUAAUACUUCUAACAUGCUGCUGCUGUUGCCGUGGAAAGAAGUCAUCGCAAGCACAUAAUUCAAAUUCGCCCCUCGCACCAAGCUCACAGUUGUGGAGGACGGAAACCAGUGCUGACAGUCAAUUAGGAAACAUUUCCUUAUCAAGUUUACAGCUCCAGUCAAGGCGAAAUACAGAUACAAGUACUACGAACCAAAGUGCUCCUCUUGCACUACAAUCCACAAAUGAUGCCCAUUUUGACCCCCCGCCUUCCUAUGAGUCGGUCAUGUCGCAGGAAAACGUUCGCUAGAUAUUCAACUAAUAGAUGGGGACUAAAAUUAUUUUAAUCACUCCUAAACAUUUUUGUGACGUCAUCUUGUUAUUUUGCGCUUUCAAAAUU